GGAUAAUACACACUCCAGCACAGCAGGUGGCGCUGUGCACCCGGAACGCUGGUUGGACCCGCCAUAAAGUGAAGAAGAAGAAGACUCCGGAAGUAGAGGAAGCCGAGGACUACUAUUGAGUUGUCGAGUGUAAACAGAGCCAUGGCCGGUCCAGAGCUCCUGCUGGACUCCAGUAUCCGUUUGUGGGUGGUGCUGCCCAUCGUGGUCAUCACCUUCCUGGUGGGGGUCAUUCGCCAUUACGUCACUCAGCUGCUGCACAGCGACAAGAAGGUGGACCUGGAGCAGGUGUCUGACAGUCAGGUGCUCCUGCGCAGUCGCAUCCUGCGAGAGAAUGGCAAAUACAUCCCCAGACAGUCGUUCACCAUGAGGAAACAUUACUUCAACGAUGCAGAGACAGGAUUCUUCAAGAAGGUCAAGAGGAAGGUCGUCCCCAAAAACCCCAUGACAGACAGCAGCAUGCUGACAGACAUGAUGAAAGGCAACCUGACCAACGUUCUCCCCAUGAUUGUGAUUGGAGGAUGGAUCAACUGGGCCUUCUCUGGAUUUGUCAUAACCAAGGUUCCUUUCCCUCUGACUCUGAGGUUCAAACCCAUGUUGCAGCGUGGCAUCGACCUGCUGACGCUGGAUGCCUCCUGGGUGAGUUCCGCAUCCUGGUACUUCCUCAACGUUUUUGGUCUUAGGAGCAUGUACAGCCUCAUCCUGGGUCAAGACAAUGCGGCUGACCAGUCACGACUCAUGCAGGACCAGAUGACGGGUGCUGCCAUGGCGAUGCCCCCUGACCCCAACAAGGCCUUUAAGAGCGAGUGGGAGGCGUUGGAGAUCAUGGAGCACAAGUGGGCGCUGGAGAACGUGGAGGAGGAUCUAAUGUGCAGAGACCUCAACUUUGGAACCUUCUUCAGCCAGGAUAUCAAGUCCACCAUGUUCUAGAAGGUACCUGACGAGGUUCUCCUGCUGCUGCCAAAUGUCUUUUUAAUGUUGACGUGUGAGGUGUGGUCAUGUGACCUCACACCAAUAAAUACAUCCAAGAUGAAAACAGGCUCAAGUUCCUGGUUAAAACAAUUGUCUUUUAUUUGAAAAGUCUUAUAAAAUCUGAUAUUUGACAAAGAGGAAGACCAAAAUCAAGUUUGCUCUGGUAGAAAAAUAGUGUAGCAGCAGCUGUUUGGUCUGCAUGAAGUAUGAAAAUAAUCAUUCAAUAAAUACCACAACAAGCCAAAAUAUACACAAGGAAAGUCUGCUGCUGCCUUUACCCACAAUGCAUUCUGCUCACAUUUGAUGCCAUCAAUACUAUUCUGACUUUGUGGGGACAUGAUGCUUUGAGGGGAAUAUUGACUAUCAUCUUGGACUCAACUGGACUUGGAAGACUUAGUCCUCCACAGCAGGGAGUCUAGUCCACCUUCUUCUCACAUCUGCACAUGUAAAAUGUGUGAUACUUCACACAGCACAUGAAGGCCAGAGGAGAAACCAUUACACUGUUCUUACUGUCAAAUCUACAGCUGCUGCACAAUUGUAUGGAAACAUGUUUGUUCUUGUUUAGACGAUGUGUGUUGCUGUUCCCGUUUAGACGUGUGUUGCUGUUCCCGUUUAGAUGACGUGUGUUGCUGUUCCCGUUUAGACGACGUGUGUUGUUGUUCCCGUUUAGACGACGUGUGUUGUUGUUCCCGUUUAGACGACGUGUGCUGCUCUGUUCCCGUUUAGACGUGUGCUGCUGUUCCCGUUUAGACGACGUGUGCUGCUGUUCCCGUUUAGACGACGUGUGCUGCUGUUCCCGUUUAGACGACGUGUGCUGCUGUUCCCGUUUAGACGUGUCUUGCUGUUCCCGUUUAGACGACGUUUGCUGCUGUUCCCGUUUAGACGUGUCUUGCUGUUCCCGUUUAGACGACGUGUGCUGCUGUUCCCGUUUAGACGUGUCUUGCUGUUCCCGUUUAGACGACGUGUGCUGCUGUUCCCGUUUAGACGUGUCUUGCUGUUCCCGUUUAGACGACGUGUGCUGCUGUUCCCGUUUAGACGUGUCUUGCUGUUCCCGUUUAGACGACGUGUGCUGCUGUUCCCGUUUAGACGUGUCUUGCUGUUCCCGUUUAGACGACGUGUGCUGCUGUUCCCGUUUAGACGUGUCUUGCUGUUCCCGUUUAGACGACGUUUGCUGCUGUUCCCGUUUAGACGUGUCUUGCUGUUCCCGUUUAGACGACGUGUGCUGCUGUUCCCGUUUAGACGUGUCUUGCUGUUCCCGUUUAGACGACGUGUGCUGCUGUUCCCGUUUAGACGACGUGUGCUGCUGUUCCCGUUUAGACGUGUGCUGCUGUUCCCGUUUAGACGUGUGCUGCUGUUCCCGUUCAGACGACGUGUGCUGCUGUUCCCAUUUAGACGUGUCUUGCUGUUCCCGUUUAGACGACGUUUGCUGCUGUUCCCGUUUAGACGACAUGUGUUGUUGUUCCCGUUUAGACGACAUGUGUUGCUGUUCCCGUUUAGACGACAUGUGUUGCUGUUCCCGUUUAGACGACAUGUGUUGCUGUUCCCGUUUAAACGACAUGUGUUGUUGUUCCCGUUUAGACGUGUUGUUGUUCCCGUUUAAAAGACGUGCUGCUGUUCCCGUGUAGACGACGUGUGUUGCUGUUCCCGUUUAGACGACGUGUGUUGCUGUUCCCGUUUAGACGACGUGUGCUGCUGUUCCCGUUUAGACGACGUGUGCUGCUGUUCCCGUUUAGACGACAUGUGUUGUUGUUCCCGUUUAGACGACAUGUGUUGUUGUUCCCGUUUAGACGACAUGUGUUGGCAGCUCUCAUCCAGACGUGUCAAAAGAUAGUAGUAGUGAGACACUAACUGCAGACUAGAUAUACUUAGUAGUAGUACUAGACUAAGUAAGACAUCAGAUAUGACCUUGACUUGGACAUUGAUGUCCUCCUGCUGACCUUCUUGUCCUGGCAUCACAACAGCUGUGUAGGACUAGAUCUGAGUGCUCAAAGCUGACCAGUCCAGUUGAGACUUGAGAUUGUAGUAAGGAGGUGACUAGUUGGGGAAGAAGACAAGCAGCAGCAGCAAAUGGCACAGAUUGGUGGAACGUCCAAAGAAAAGAAAAGUUGAGGAAAUGAAAAUGUCAGCCAAAUCAAAGUGAACUUAAGCCCCUCCCCCUUCAGUGUUGUACAUUACAAUAAAAUAAAAGUCUUUUCACCACAAAGUUGGCACCUUUAGUCCGUUUCCAUGGUGAGGGUGUUGGUGCCGUUGUCACUGCGCGGCGUGGCGUCAGCGGAGGAGGAGGCGGAGGCGGGGCUUGUGCUGGGGGCGGGCAGGGAAGGUUGCCUCAUCUUGUCUUGUCGAUGGUAGAACAGCACGUAGGCGGCGUUGGUCUAGGCAGCAACAUGGAGGUCCGGAGGGGACUUCAGCUGGUUAGUGUGUGUGUGUGUGUGUGUGUGUGUGUGUCCUCACCAUGAUCUGGUCCUCCCUGGCGUACGUCACCUUGCUGUCAUCAAAGUAGUACCACUGACCGUUGUCCUUGUUGCGUGCAUAGCUGGUGUCUGCACACACACACACACACACACACACACACACACACACACACACACACACACACACACACACACACACACACACACACACACACACACACA